GCAGUCUGAUGAAUAAAAGAGCUCCUCUGAUCUUUCUAUGGCUUGGCAGAUUUUCUUUACCAUACUCAUGCUUGCAUUAAGUAUUGCAUUAAGCGAGGAGUCUUCAGUCCUUAUGCCUCAAUCAACAGCCUCCCCAAGACGGAAUUUUACAAUAACAAAGACAGGAGACGAAGAAUUGGUACCAAAACAACAAAAUAACAAUCCUUGUCUUGACGAAUUUCAACACUUUUGUAUUAAUGGUCACUGUACUUUUCACAAAGAGCUCAGAAUUCCUCUGUGCAGAUGUCUAUCAAACUACACAGGCGAAAUAUGUGAACAUUUUUUUUUAGCAUCUAUCAAUCCAGAUGACAAAGCCACAUAUUUAGCUAUUGGAAUUGGCGUGGGAUUAUUAAUAAGUGGGUUAAUAGCCUUUAUAUGGUGCCAUGCGAAUAAAAGAUGUAAAAAAAUAAAGGGAAGAUCUGGAAUUUGUUCUGGAGAGAGUACUCUAUAAGCAUGUAUUUAACCUACCAAUCUCUACUCUAUGAGCAUAUAAUUUGCCUACCAAAUGAGGAGCACAGUGCUUACCAACCAUCUCAUUUCCCACAAUGGACAUCUAUUGUGGGUGCAAAAAAACGAAAGUAAAAGAUAUGUGUACUUCUCUUUCUGUGAAAAUGUUACUGUACAUGGAUGAUAUGUCAAAUAUAGUUGUGGUUUGCAUAAUGGUUAAUGUUACCAUGGGAUGAUGAAUACAAAUACCUAAAAUGCAGAAGCAUAAGGAUCUUUACUAACUACCAAG